AUGUUUUCCGUCACAAAUCUUUAUCCUGAUCCGAGACAUCCCGGAAGACAAUCGAGAUCCUUUCCCACCAUAUCGAAGCCCAAUUUGGUUGAAUUUUUCAGCGUUACCGAGGAGAGGAAGUAUGAUGCAUCUGCAACACAACUUAAGUACCUUACAUUACCACCGAUGCCGAGAUCAGACCUACAUCUUGAUCUCAAUGAAGGAUUCGAAAUAUGCCGACCAAAACCAGACAGUGCAAAAACCGAGGGAAUUGACAUGCUUUUGAAUAACAUACGACAAAGCGAUCCUCGAAAGAUGUGGACUGUUAACGAGGAAGGACAAGCACGGCUUAAGCACGAUUUCGUUUGCUUUCGGGGUUUACUACGGAUGAUUUCCUGCACGCCGUAUGAUUGGAAAACGCCAUGGAUCGUGCAGGCAAUCCGCUACGGCGGAACCAUAUAUCUUUGCGAGCGCGCUACGCCGGAGAAGCAGGAAGCGGAAAGGAAUGAAACCGAACAACAAAAGCGCUUUUGCUAUUAUGGAUUCAAGUUCGAGCAACACAUUCUAACGGAGAAGCCUGGCAGCACGCCCGACACGUCGGCACCGGUAGUGCUUGCCGAGGAAUUCUGCGCCAUGUUCGACACGACGCUCGUCGGAAGUCGGCUCCUGUACGGGGCUGAAAUGGAUGGGAUUGUCGCGAAAAAGCAGUUAGAUCGCGAAGGAUUGACUGUGGACGAACUACGAAAGUUCGAAUUUGUGGAGGUGAAGGUAAAGCGAAGAGAAACGAACCAGCGGCAGGUGGACAAUUUCUAUAGGUUUAAGACGAAAAAUUGGUGGUGCCAGAGUUUCCUCGUAAACAUCGAGAGAUUAGUUGUUGGGCUGCGAGACGAUCAUGGAAUAGUACACGAAAUCGAGGAAAUGAAGCUAAGUGACAUCCAGCGAAAUUCCCGCCCGUACUGGUCGCCGGCGGUUUGUAUGAAUUUUUGUGCUGAUUUCCUCGCGGAGGUGUCACGCGUACUUGGAAAGGAGGACAACUCUCAGAGAGUGUAUCAAUUUGAAUACGAUUCUAAAGCAAAUAAGUGUGUACGUUAUCGUACGUUGGAAGUGGGACAUCCCGACGCCUUCCUCCCAGAGUGGUAUACAAGUUAUGUGGAAGAAAGGCGGCGAAAUAAAUGA